AUUCUAAGUUCUACGUGCUCUAAAACCAUGUACUUACUGAAAACCUGACAAACUGUUAUGAAACUGUGCAACUGUCAGAAGAAAAGUUAUUCCACCUUAGAAUGUGCUCUUGUAUUUAAGACACUUUUCAAGAAAUAAGUAUACAAACUGCACACUGACAAAUUCAACUAAUCAAAGACUCCACAGUGGAGCAUCAAAGAAGGCAGGAUGCUUUGUUCAGUCUUGAACGUGUUAACAUGAGGUUUAUUAUGUUACAGAAAACCUUUCUGGAGGUUAAGAAAAUCCAUCAGCUAUUCUAGAUUUGUUAAGAAGAAACAAAAUUUUCAAAAAUUAUCGUUAAAAGGAUGUGUCUAUAGGGAAAGACUGGUGUUCAAAUUCUGAAGCAAAUGCCCUGAGGCUCACAGAUUUAUUAUAGCGAAUCAGACAGGCGACAGUACAUGAGAAAAGUAGUGCAUGUGUAGUGAGGUGGACAACAUUUGGGACCUCUCCUUGUCGAAGAGCCGUGACAGCAAAAUCACUUCCUGAGGAAGGAGGAGCAAAAGGGAAGUUAAGAGGCCAUCCUGACCAGGAAGUGACUCGCCCUAAACUAAUCCCAAUUAUAUCUACAAAUGGGGGGAUGGGGUGAGCCCCAACUGCUAAAGGCGGUAAAAUAACUGCUUUUUGAUAUGUCGCAACAUAACCACCACCCUCUCGCAAAAUUACAGAAAAAAGUCCACAGUCACGAUCCAAUAAAGGAAACGUCUGUUCCCUUGCAGGGAGGCCCCUGGGCUGUGCCCCAGGCCUGAGAGGAAAGGAGAGUCGAGGAACGAGGAACUGGGGCCACCGUGAGGCAGAGUAAAGCCCCGUAAGAAGGCAGCGUCCCGACUGCGGAGAGCGUAUGUCAGCAUGGACCAAGAAGCUUCUUUUUCCUGUGGACACUGCCAGGCUCCCAACGCAGCCGCGCCGGGCCCCAGUCCCCUGUCGGGGGAGGAGGUGAGAGAGAGGCGGACCCCUUACCUUCUCCUCAUCCGACACACGAUCAUCGAAGUCGGCCAUCUUGGGCUGUUCUGGCCCAGCCCGGCUGCGGGCGCGAGGCAGGCCGGGAAGAAAGCCGAGUGAUGGAAUCACCGCGGCGGCCGUCGGAAGGACCCGCCCGGAAAUGCCGACCAAGAGGGCGCCAUGUCAGUUAUGCGCGCGAGUGACGUCUCCUAACGCCAGCGCCCGCGCCCCAGGAACGACUGUAUUUUUAAAUUCAUUGACACCCAAAUUCUAUGUGGCACUUACAGGGACAUCUUCACUGAUAUCAGGACUAAUAUUUAUAUUUGAAUGGUGGUACUUCCAUAAGCAUGGCACAUCUUUUAUUGAGCAAGUAUCUGUAAGCCAUUUGCAACCACUGAUGGGAGGAACAGAGAGCAGCAUUUCAGAACCAGGUUCUCCUUCGAGGAACAGAGAAAGUGAAACCAGCAGACAGAAUUUGUCAGAAUGUAAGGUAUGGAGAAACCCUCUAAAUCUUUUCAGAGGAGCAGAAUAUAGGAGAUACACUUGGGUGACUGGUAAAGAGCCACUUACAUACUAUGACAUGAACCUGUCAGCUCAGGACCAUCAGACCUUUUUCACCUGUGACACAGAUUUUUUACGUCCUUCAGACACAGUUAUGCAGAAGGCAUGGAGGGAAAGAAAUCCUCCAGCUCGAAUCAAAGCAGCCUAUCAAGCUUUAGAAUUAAACAAUGACUGUGCCACUGCAUAUGUUCUACUGGCUGAGGAAGAAGCAACAACUAUUGUAGAUGCUGAAAGGUUAUUUAAACAGGCACUCAAGGCAGGAGAAACAAUUUAUAGGCAGUCACAGCAAUGCCAGCACCAAAGUCCUCAGCAUGAAGCUCAACUGAGGAGAGAUACCAAUGUACUGGUAUAUAUUAAAAGAAGAUUGGCAAUGUGUGCAAGAAAAUUAGGAAGAAUAAGAGAAGCAGUAAAAAUAAUGAGAGAUUUGAUGAAAGAAUUUCCUCCUCUUACCAUGGUGAACAUCCAUGAAAAUCUCUUAGAAUCACUUUUAGAAUUACAGGCCUAUGCAGAUGUUCAGGCAGUCCUAGCAAAAUAUGAUGAUAUAAGCCUUCCAAAGUCAGCAGCAAUCUGUUACACAGCAGCACUGUUGAAGACAAGGACUGUUUCAGAAAAAUUCUCUCCAGAAACAGCCUCCAGAAGAGGAUUAAGCACAGCAGAAAUUAAUGCCGUGGAAGCAAUUCAUAGAGCUGUGGAAUUUAAUCCUCAUGUUCCAAAAUAUUUAUUAGAGAUGAAAAGUUUAAUUUUACCUCCAGAACACAUUCUGAAACGGGGUGAUAGUGAAGCAAUUGCCUAUGCUUUCUUUCAUCUUCAGCACUGGAAACGAAUAGAAGGUGCUCUUAAUCUGUUACAGUGUACAUGGGAAGGCACUUUUAGAAUGAUUCCAUACCCAUUAGAGAAAGGACAUCUAUUUUACCCUUAUCCCAGCUGCACAGAGAUGGCUGAUAGAGAGCUAUUACCUACCUUUCAUCAUGUUUCUGUUUACCCAAAAAAGGAGCUUCCUUUGUUCAUCCAUUUCACAGCAGGAUUUUCCUCUUCUACAGCAAUGAUAGCCAUUCUCACUCACCAGUUUCCUGAAAUCAUGGGUAUUUUUGCUAAAGCUGUGCUGGGACUCUGGUGCCCCCAACCCUGGGCAUCCUCAGGCUUUGAGGAGAAUACACAGGAUUUGAAGUCAGAAGACCUAGGUUUGAGUUCUGGCUGAGCCACACACUGUUCAUGUGACCUUGGACAAAUCACCAAAUUUUUCUGAACAGCAUCUGUAAAGUGACAGUAACCCCUACCUCACAGGGUUGUUGUGAGGAUUACAUAUAUGCUAAAGCAUUUUGCAUAUGAAAAAGCUUCUUAUGAAUAUUGUUAUUCCUGGGGAAACCCCACCUUGGAAGCUGUCAAAAAGGACAACUGUAGAUGAAAUUGUCUUCCUUUUUUCUUCAUUCAGCUUAGCCUUUCUGUUUGGCCAGGGCUGCUUACAGGGGCUGUUGGGGUUGAAGUAAAGUCACCGCAUUUUGGCUUCUUUGGUCAAAGAGAAAGAACUCUAAUGUCCAGCUGCUCCAUCGAUAUACUCAUAGAAUGGAAGUGAGCAAAGGAAAAUUUUAAGCCAGGAUAGUUUACAGUUAGGGGGCCAACAGGAGAAUGCUUGCCUUGCAUUUGCAAAUCCAGAAUGACUAAAACAUCUUAAGUAAAUGAGGAAUAGCCACAAAGAUGCUCAGAGAUAAUGUAAGCCAUGAGUGGGAAGUGGGAAAAUGAGUUUGUCAACGCCCUCUCUUUUCUAUCCCUUUACCUUUGAGGUCAGGGACAGGGCAUAUUACUGACACCCCACUGGCUAUUGCCCUAUACCUGCCAAUCACCCAAAGAAAAUAAUAGCUUCUAAGAAAGCUCAAUUCACUGUAGCAACUGUGAUAUAUUUACCCUAAUAAAGCUACCACUUGGUCUUUUCCAGUGCUUCUCUCUUAUGGAGAUCAUCCCUGGAAUCCAAAGCUCUCCAGUUUUCUAACCCAGUUAAGAGUUAAAAACAACCACAGGUCAUGAGCAGUAGGCUUGGCAGUUAUACCUCAUGCAGUCAUAGGAGACUGCCCCAUCAUUCUCAGCACAUAGGGUGCACAUCUCACUAUCUCUGGCAUGAGCCAGCCUUGCAAACUUGUACAGUCUCAGCCACUCUGCUUCGGUGGUAAUUCUUCACCACUGAUCUCUCUUCACCAUGCCCUUUCUGCAUCCUUCCCCCAACCACCCACCAGAGGAGUUCUGGUCCUCAAACCAAAGAGUUGCCUGCAGGUUGGUAAUGUAACUUUGUAGAUAUUCCUUGAUUAAAGCUAGCCUGUUGGUAUCCUUUUUGAA